AUAAAGCUUUACAAUAGAAAAACUAAGCUCCGAGAGUGAAUCAUGGUUUUUACUUCCAUCCCAGCUUCUUAUUUUGAUGCAUCCAAUUGGCAGCAACAGCAACCAAAUAACCAACCCGGAGGCAGUGACUCCAACUCUCAGCAGCUGCUUCAACCACCACCGCCACCACUUCCGGUUGCAAUGCAGUCUCAUGGAGAGGGUUCAAUCAGGCCAGGAUCCAUGGCUGAUAGGGCAAGGAUGGCCAACAUGCCAAUGCCAGAGGUUGCACUCAAGUGUCCACGCUGCGAAUCCACCAACACCAAAUUUUGCUACUUCAACAACUACAGUCUCUCCCAGCCCCGCCACUUCUGCAAGACCUGCAGGAGGUACUGGACCAGAGGCGGCGCCUUAAGGAGUGUCCCCGUGGGCGGAGGCUGCAGGAGGAACAAGCGGAGCAAAGGUACCUGCGGCAGUGGCGGCGGCUCCAACUCUCCGGCAACCUCUGACCGCCAGACAGGAAGUGUCAAUUCUACCAACUCGGGAUCUUCGAAGAGUGAGAGAAUAGGGCUUGCACCCCAAAUUCCACCCUUCAGAUUCAUGCCUCCAUUGCAUCAACUUGGUGACUUUGGAGAUGGAGACAUAAGCCUAAACUAUGGCCUCAGUUAUGGCCCAGUGGGAGGAGUAGGAGACUUGGGUUAUCAAAUUGGAACAAGUGCUUUAGGUGGUGGUGCCACUUCAAUCUUCUCUGCACCUGGUUUGGACCAAUGGAGAAUGCCACAGCAGUUUCCCCUCUUGGCCUCCUUGGAAGGUUCUUCACCAGCUUCUAAUUUAUACCCUUUUGAAGGUAGUGCUGAGGUGAGUGGAUAUAUAAGGCCAAAGGUUUCAACUUCUGGGAUCAUGGCUCAGAUAGCUUCGGUGAAAAUGGAAGAACGUAAGGAACCUGAUUUGUCAACACUUUUCUUGGGAAACGAUAAUCCAGUGAAUGAACAAUAUUGGACCAGUGCUAGUUCUGCAUCUUGGACAGAUAUUUGUGGGAUUAGCUCCUCUUUCACUGCAAGCAACCAUCUAUAGAGGCUGUGAGAAGCUUCUGGUUUUGGUUAAUGUUCAUGGCUUCAGUUUCACUUAUCUUGUUGGAGACAAGUUUUAAUCGAACUCCAUAAUUUUCCAAAUCCCAAUACGAAGAGAUUUGGGCCUUGGAGCAUAGUUAAAAACUAGGCAUGUUGGCUGCUUUUCUUUGAAUCGUAAUAUAUUUUUCCUUGUAUUUUCUUUGUUUUCCAUAUAAUGUUAUGUUUCAUUGUAUUACAACGUUGAAUGUCG